GAGAGAGUUCACUGUUAGUUUAUCUGAGCUGCACUUACAGAGUUACUUAACGCAGGGAGCCCAGUGCUGGCUGUCUGCUGCACACUUGUUGGUGGGGAGUGUGUGUGUCUCACUGUUACCGUCCAUUGAGUGAAGCCAAGCGGAUUGAGCACUAACCAACAUGUGGGCUGCACGUCCACAAAAAGAGCAGGCUCGCCCUGCUCUGGGGUCUAACUGCUGAGCAUGCUGGGUAAGGCUCCGCCCACGACCAGUAGCCUCAACCUGGUGAACUCGGAAGUUUGUGACACCACGGCGGCCCCGGACGCGCACGACGGUAUCAAGAUGGCCGACCUUGUGGAGAGCCUGGAUACCAGAGAGCUGGACAUUGGGGAGGGAGAGGAGAUCGACUAUGAUGGAAACUUAGGGGACUGUCGUAUCCAAUUUUCAGCGGUGUAUGCCACAGUGGGCUUUAAGGAGGCCAAUGCUAAGGUCUACCUCCCCACUGUGCCCAUCACUGCCCGGAUCCUGGAGGUGGAGAGAUUCACCACAGCGCAAGACCGCUUCAACCUGUCGCACCACAGGAGCGUCAACAAGUCUCUGCCAGCAGUGUUCAGGAUUGAGCUGAAGCACGGUGAGUUUACCUGGGUGGUUAAGAGGAAGGAGAAACAUUUCAUGGAGCUGCACAGAGAGCUGAGGACAUACAAGACUUUCAUGCGGAUACCUCUGCCAUCACGCAGCCACACGGUGAGGAGAAGGACAGUGAGGAAGAGUGAGGUGAGGGAGAUGCCCUCCCUGCCGAGGGGAGGGGGAGACGAGCUGGUGCGAGAUGAGCAGGUCUCCAGCAGGAGGAGACAAUUAGAAGACUAUUUGAACAAGCUGCUGAGGAUGGCCAUGUACCGCAAAUAUCACCAUACUAUGGAGUUCAUUGACGUCAGCCAGAUGUCAUUCAUUCAUGACUUGGGACCCAAAGGACUGGAAGGGAUGAUCUAUAAGCGCUCAGGCGGACAUCGUAUCCCUGGCAUGAACUGCUGUGGUCACAGCCAGGCCUGCUAUCGCUGGUCCAAACGCUGGCUGGUGGUGAAAGACUCAUGCCUGCUGUACAUGAAGCCAGACACAGGGGCCAUCUCUUUUGUCCUGCUGUUGGAUAAAGAGUUCAGCAUCAAGAUGGACUCCAAAGACACCGAGACCAAACACGGAGUCCGGAUAGAUAGCCUCUCCAGGACCCUGGUGUUCAAAUGCAGCAGCUACAGACACGCGCGCUGGUGGGGUCAGAGUAUUGAGAGCUUUGUGAGGAGUCAUGGGAAGGCUUUUCUCCGAGCUCACCGCUUUGGCUCAUUUGCACAGGAACAGGAAGACAUCCCGUCCAAAUGGUAUGUGAAUGGAAAGACUUACAUGGAGGAUGUGGCUGAUGCUUUGGAGGAGGCUAAAGAGGAAAUCUUUAUCACUGACUGGUGGUUGAGUCCAGAGAUUUUCUUGAAGAGACCUGUAGUGGAAGGCAACAGGUGGAGGCUAGACUGCACCCUCAAACGCAAAGCACAACAGGGAGUGCGGAUCUUUGUGAUGUUGUAUAAGGAGGUGGAGCUCGCCCUGGGCAUUAACUCAGGCUACAGCAAGAGGACCCUCAUGCACCUGCACCCCAACAUCAAGGUGAUGCGUCAUCCAGACCACGUCUCCUCCUCCGUCUAUCUGUGGGCGCAUCAUGAGAAGAUCGUUGUCAUUGACCAAUCAGUGGCCUUCGUGGGCGGCAUCGACCUGGCAUACGGUCGCUGGGACGACAGAGAGCAUCGGCUGACGGAUGUCGGCAGUGUGACACGCUCUGUGGCCCUGGAGCAGGCUGGCUCCACAAACACUCCGUCCGGUAAGCGUGUGUCCUCUGACCAUGGCGUCGCCAAGAGCAACGGACAAGGGACGCCGCCCGGUGAUCUCGUGGACUUGCCCAAACUGAAGGGGAUUGGACGCAAUAGGAGGGCUCGCUUCAGUCUGUACAGACACCUGCAGAAGCAUGCUUUGCAGCCUGCGGACAGUGUCAGCAGCGUCGACAGUGCAGGGAGUGGUUCAGUGCGAAGCCUAAAGACAGGUGUUGGAGAGUUACAGGGGAACACACGCUUCUGGCAUGGAAAAGACUACUGCAACUUUGUCUACAAAGACUGGAUCCAGUUGGAGAAACCUUUUGAUGACUUCAUCGACAGGUACAUAACUCCCAGAAUGCCUUGGCAUGACAUUGCCUCAGUGGUUCAUGGCAGAGCUGCCCGGGAUGUGGCCAGACACUUCAUUCAGCGUUGGAACUUUACUAAGAUCAUGAAGCCAAAGUACCGCUCUUUGUCUUAUCCAUUCCUGCUGCCCAAGUCUCACUCCAGUGCCAGUGAGCUCAGAUAUCAAGUUCCUGAUUGUGUCAAUGCCAAAGUGCAGGUGUUGCGGUCAGUCGCAGAUUGGUCAGCAGGCAUAAAGUACCACGAGGAGUCCAUCCACAAUGCCUACAUCCAGGUCAUCGUUAAGAGCAAACACUACAUCUACAUAGAGAACCAGUUCUUCAUCAGCUGUGCCGACAACAGGAUGGUGUACAACAAGAUCGGAGAUGCCAUCAUUGAAAGGAUCAUCAGAGCGCACAAGGAGGGUAAGAAGUACCGUGUGUAUGUAGUUACCCCUCUGCUUCCUGGCUUCGAGGGGGACAUCACCACAGGGGGAGGGAACGCCCUCCAGGCUGUCAUGCACUUCAACUACAGAACCAUGAUCAGAGGAGAACACUCCAUCAUCUCCCAGCUUAAAAGAGAGAUGGAUGACCAGUGGAUGAACUACAUCUCCUUCGCUGGAUUGCGAACUCACACCGAGCUGGAGGGACGCCUGGUCACAGAGCUCAUCUACGUCCACAGCAAGAUGCUCAUCGCUGACGACAACACAGUCAUCAUCGGUUCUGCUAACAUCAACGACAGAAGCAUGCUGGGUAAACGCGACAGCGAGGUGGCAGUCAUCAUUGAGGACUCAGAAAAGGUUGCGGCGGUGAUGGACGGACAGGAGUAUGAAGCUGGACCCUACGCACUUCAGCUUCGCCUCGAAUGCUUCAGGACUAUCCUUGGAGGCCACACUGACACCACUAUUGACCUGUCUGACCCCAUCAGUGACCGUUUCUAUAAGGAGGUGUGGAUGACCACAGCUGGCCGCAAUGCCACCAUAUAUGAGAAGGUAUUUCGUUGCCUUCCUUCGUCCCUGGUGAGGAACAUGUCGGAGCUGGAGCAGUACCAGUCCAAACCAGGUCUGGCGCAGACUGACCUUGCCCGCGCUCAGGAGGAGCUGCGCAAAAUCCGAGGCUUCCUGGUCCAGUUUCCUCUCGAUUUCCUGUCUGAGCAGAACCUCCUGCCCUCCGUUGGAACGAAGGAGGCCAUGGUCCCAACGGAGAUCUGGACAUAAAGGACGUGUAACAGCUUCCAGCCACUUACGCAUCUGAAACUGUUUCUCGAGCAUCUUGAGUGACGUAUCUGGAUUGUGGUUGUCGUCAAAUGUGUAUUAUUGGAUUUGCAAGAGAUCGCCUUGAAUCAAGAGAUGAGAGGCAGUUUCUUCUGGAUUAAUAUGACUGCUGGGCAUUGACAAAUCUCUAAACUCUGUGCCUACUGGAAAACAGUAGUUACAGCUUAUUAGGGUAAGCACUAAGUAUCGGGAUGUAAGAAGAACAAAAUUAAACCACACUUGAGGACAACAUUUUAUGACUGCAUUGUGACUGCAUUCAAGCUGUGGAGAUAAAAAAAAGGCACAUGAACUUUGGGUUUUGGGAAUCAAACUCGGGCACUUAGACCUUUUGGACUGUUGGAAAAGCGCACGAGACAGCAUGGAUUUCUGAGGGACCAGGGUGAGGCGGUAGUAAAGGUUUUGACAAUGACGCUAACAGAAGCUCUUGAGCUUCACAAAACACACAGAGAUUGUGAUGCAUGUGAUUUAUUGAGUUUGUAAAAGCAUGCUUGUGAGGUGCGUUAGUGCUACGUAUGUUGUUCAUGAGCUCACAGAAGAGUUUGCCGAGCUGCUUUAGACAAGCUGAAGCAUCUUGAGGAUCGUUUCUGUAAAACAAAUCCAAAACAUGUGCUCGCUCUUUUCCCGUGCAGUACGUGCAUAGAGACAAUUUUACUUAAUUCAACAGCAGUGCAUGAUUUACUAACUGUGCUCAAAUCUUAACACGAUUGCUAUAAUGCAUGUACCAAUCACAUCUCUGGAAAACCCCGUCAGAGACAUUAUAUUUCCUGUCAAAAACGUUUUGAGAAUAUAUAAUAGUCAGUCAGUCAUGAGGUCUGAAUUUUACUGCUGAAAUCAAAGCGUUUGUGUUGAGCUGAUCCAGGAACAAAAGCUAAGGCAACUCCGUUAUAUUGUAGUGUGUUCAGAAGGAUGAGACAAUCGGCCCACAAAUUCAAAGGUGUCAUUUCCUCUUUGCUCAACAGAUGGUGCUAGCUUCUUACAAAUACAGUUUGUGUACAGUAAUUACAGGUUGUGGCAGUGUUGUAAAUCACAAAAACAAGUUUAUUAUCAGGGACCUCAGUAGGGGACCGCUGGAGGUCCCUAUUGUUUUUGCUUCGUUUCUUCUUACCUAUUAUUAUUUUUAGCACUUUUGAUUGCGUUUUUGCCCCCCUGAACAUAUACGAAAAGUCAAUUUUAUUUGGCAAAGUGGUCAGGCCUGGUGAAAAAUUUUAUAUUCUAUGUGUCGCUUUCGGGUCCGCCACUAGGUGGCGCUACUAUCAUGAAAAGUGUGUUUAGGCUAAUAACUCCCGCAUUGUUUGUCACACAUUCAAAAAACUUAUAUCCACGCAUUUGGUGAAUAGAGCUGAAUCUCCCCAUAUAGGCCACGCCCACUUCCGCCUGGAAUUUUUUUCUGGCAGAGCACAAAAUGUCCAUGAACUACUUUUUCAUGUUCCGUGUGCUUUGUCUGAUUCGCACAAAAAUUUUCACCUAGCAUCUGAGGACCCUCAUAAUAAAAACGUGAUUAAAUGAUAGUUAUAGAAGAAGAUAAAGAAGUUAUAAAAUUAGCACUGCUUGUGAAUUUUUCGUCAAAAAAGGAAGUGGACCAUUUCUCCACAUUGGUAUGUCCGAUUGACAUGGUCCAUAGUUCCACAUGUCUUCCUUAGGCAUCUUGCACAGUUUCAGGCCAUAGCCACAAGGUGGUGCUCUUUAAAAUGAAGAAGUUUAUAUCUCUACAACGGUAUGUUUGAUUAAGAUGAAACUUGGUAUGAUGCUUCCCCAUGGCUCCCUUAGGCUCGCUAAAAAAUGUGUCAACAGUCUGGUGGCAUGGCAAAUCGCUGUGCAGAGACCGUAAUAGUUAGGAAUAUGGAAUUCACAGGGUACAUGUAGAGUGGUGCCUGAAGCUCACAUACCAAAAAUCAUGUUCGUCGUGUUUGUAGCGCCCCCUACAGGAUAAAUAAACAGCAGCCCCGGCGCCACGUUUCACCGAUAUGUACGAAACUCAGUAGGCACGUGUAACAUGCCGGGACGUACAAAAAAGCCUCUUGGACCCAUACCCGAAACCCCACAGGAAGUCGGCCAUUUUGAUUUUCAUUUUCACUUUCAGCGAACUUUUUGCGUUGUAUUUGAACGAACUCCUCCUAGGGAAUUUAUCAGAUCUGCUCCAAAUUUGGUCAGUCCAGUCAAAACAUGGUCCUGAUUAAAAGUUGUGCUUUUUGUGCUUGUACGUUGAAGGGCGUGUCCGUGGCGUGCCCUCAAAGUUGGCCAGGUUGAAUCGAAUGUCAAACUGUGAUGCCAUUUCCGGCAUUUAAGGGCUUCUGUUUUAACUAACUCCUCCUACAGAUUUUAUCAGAUUGACUUCAAAUUCGAUCACUGUAAUCUAAACACAAUGGUUAUCAAAAGUUGUGCUAUUUGAGAUGUAUGUUGAAUGGCGUGUCUGUGGUGUGCUGUCAAAGUUGGCCAUUUUGAAUUCUGUGGUCAUGCAAACCAUAAAAAGUUGAGCUAUUUGUGACUGUAACUCAAACCGCGUGCCAGUGACGACUUGUCCAAUUCAGCUGAUUCGCCAUAAAACAGUACUCAUAACUUCAGUGUGCAAUGUCCAAUCUCCAAUAAACUUCAUAUAUUCUGUAACAGUCCUAGCCUGAACACAUCCUCACAAUUUCAGUGUACAUUAUCUGAUCUCAACAAAACUUCACGUUUGAUAAGAGGCCCGCCCUGAACACGUCUACAUGACAAUAUUCAGACAUAGACAUAGCGCCACCUACUGGCAACAGGAAGUAAGCGCUGCGUGGCGAUUUUGAGCUGAUUUACGUGACAUUUUCAUGUCCGCACGUGUUGCGCCAGCACUUGACGUGGCCGCAGCGCGCCCCAGGUCCCGCUCAACGCUGCUUGCAGCUUUAAUUAAUGUGUUUUUUUCCUCAUAUUUGUGUGUGCAGUCAGCACAACUGUGAGGGAAAGAUUAAGAGUACAAGUGAAGACACAAGGAACAUAACAGAGGCUUACAUGAAUCAGAAUUGGAUAAACCAAGGAUGACAAGCCCUCUUUCCUUCCUUGGAAGGAUUAUUAUCAUGAAUGAGGUUUUGACCGACUUAAUAGAGCUGAUUCCUUAUAAUUCUCAGCACUAUUCACAUUUGGUUGGAACAGAUGAUUCAGUACCUGUAAUUGAUAGAAAAGACUGCACAGACAUGCAUUCAUAUGCUCCAGGUAACUCAUUGCAUUUCUUGGAUUUUGGCAAAUUUAAUUCAAUUCAAUUCAAUUUUAUUUGUAUAGCGCCAAUUCAUAACAGAAGCUAUCUCAGGACACUUUUCAAAUAGAGCAAGUCUAGACCGAACUCUUUAAAACAUUAUUUACAGAGACCCAACAGUACCACCAUGAGCAAGCACUAGGCGACAAGGGCAAGGAAAAACUGCCUGUUAAAAGGCAGAAACCUAGGACAGAUCCUCCAACUCUAGGUGGGUGGUCAUCUGCCUUGACCAGUUGGGGUGAGAGAGAGAGAGAGAGAGAGAGAGAGACAGACAGACAGACGCACAGCAACAACAGUAUUGGCAGUGGCAAUCUAGCAGGACCAUGGCAGGAGGCUCCACCAGGAUCGAUAAGAACCUGCGAGACAAGAAAGCACAAGAACUCCGGGGAAGAAGUGGAGUUAGUAACAUGCAUUAAAGGAACAUGAAUGAGUGCAGAAAGAGAGAGGAAGAGAGGAGCUCAGUGCACCAUGGGAAAUCCCCUGAUAGUCUAGGCCUAUAGCAGCAUAACUAAGGGAUGGUUCAGGACUCACCUGAUCCAGCCCUAACUAUAAGCUUUAUCAUAGAGGAAUGUCUUAAGCCUACUCUUGAAUGUGGAGAGGGUGUCUGCCUCCCGAACCACAACUGGAAGCUGGUUCCACAGGAGAGGAGCUUGGUAACUGAAGGCUCUGGCUCCUGUUCUACUUUUAGAGACUAUAGGAACCACAAGUAGCCCAGCAUUCAGAGAACGUAGUGUUCUAGUGGGGUAAUAGGGUACUAUGAGCUCUUUAAGAUAUGAAGGGGCCUGACCAUGAAGAGCUUUAUAGGUGAGGAGGAGAAUUUUAAAUUCUAUUCUACAUUUUACAGGGAGCCAGUGCAGAGAAGUUAGUACAGGAGAGAUGUGAUCUCUUUUUCUAGUUCCUGUCAGUAGUCGUGCUGCAGCGUUCUGAAUUAAUUGGAGGGUUUUAAUGGACUUAUUGGGCCAACCUGAUAAUAAAGAGUUGCAGUAAUCCAGCCUUGAAGUAACAAAUGCAUGGAUUAGUUUUUCUGCAUCUGUCUGUGAUAGUAUGUGUCUAAUUUUUGUAAUAUAACGUAAAUGAAAGAAGGCAGUCCUAGAGGUCUGCUUCAUGUGGGAGUUAAAUGACAAAUCCUGAUCAAAGAUAACGCCAAGAUUCCUGACAGUGGUGCUAGAGGCCAAGUUAAUGCCAUCUAGAGUAACUAUAUCUUUAGACAGUGAGUCUCUAAGGUUUAAAGGUUUAAAUUUAGUGGUUUUAUAGUGGGAUUAGGGAUCCAGAAAGAUUUAUCAGAGUAAGACUAUUUUCCAAUAGUGUUGUCACUUUUUAUCAACUGUCAUUUCCUCGACCGUAAUGAGGAUAGGAAUAUCAUCUUCUAUCACCUCUCUUCUCCCAGUGGAUGAUCUCAGCAGAUGAACUACAUCUACUUCACUGGUCUUCUUCAAAAUGCCGUUUGCGUUUGGUUUUCAGUUUCCCCAGCUAUUUCUCUCAAUCUUAUGGCGGCGGCUUUCUAUGAAGUGCACAAAAUUCCGUCUUUGAAGUAAAGACAAUAUUUUCCACAGAGCACGCAACUGCUGCCCAAGGCAAAGCCUUCAUAUGAAGAAACUGUUUGAAAUCACUUGUUUUCACACGUUUCCAGUUUCCUGGCAGUUCCAGUUGUUUUCUUGAUGGAGUUUUUAAUGCGGAGUGAAAAUAAAAUUCUCUCUCAAAAGCAUUUUGGUUUUUGUAAUGUAACACAGCCUGUAUCUGUCAAGGAAAAAUUAAACUUUUAUAGGGAUUCUUAUAGUAUGUGACCUAUGAGGCAAUUGUCAUAAUUUGUACUGUAUGUCUGAAUGUACUAUAUGUGUUUCCUGAUUUGUUUUAAUUUUUAACAUUUGUCACUGUAUCUUGUUUGAACACCAACGUCCUCUAAAUGUGAAGUUAAAGAACCACUCCUUUAGAAUCCAGCUGUGCUCAGUCCUUUCAUUGUCCUCUGUUUUCUCACAAAAAGAGCACCAAGGUUUUAAUUAUGCUGUUGCACAUCCACACAUGUGGAUCACUGGCAUUUAUAUAACAGAAGCUGACAGUAGCUGAGUUGCGUGGGAAUGAAAUCUUGUUCUUUUAAUGGGACCAGUGAAUUGAUGAAUGUUAACUGAAGUGAUAAAGUUGGGAAACAGUAUGCUCUUUGUUUCUACAAAGACUAGAAAAAAGAAAAGAAAAAAUGAUUUUGACAAAAUUGUCUGUAUUGUUUACCCUUGCUGUAUCGUCAUUGCAUUAUUUAUGGAUUAUGAAUCAUUUAACAUUGAAACAUUCAUUUUUUAAAUGUAUGGCAUGGUUGUAUGGAUGAGGUUUUGGUUGUAACUAAACCUCUGUUUCUUUAUCAUAAACAUCAUGCAGCAGUCUUUUCUAUCAUCUGUCUGUACCCUUUGGCCUUUAUUUAGCUGCUCUUGCUUCCACUCUGUUUAUGUACAGUAUCCUCUUUUUACAGUUGAAAGUAUUUCUAAUUUCUGUCAUUUAACAAAAUAUAACUCAUAAUUUAAAUGGCUAACAAAUAAAAUUAUCUUUGGAUUUUU